UCAGUUCAUGCUUGCUUGGAUUUGGUCUCCUGUGAUAAGCAGAGAAAAGCAGCGACACGGAAAACGUUAAAAUAUAUACAGAUUGAGACAUGAUUGGACAGAAAACGAUACACUCCUUUUUCUCUCCGGUUGCCAAAAAGCGAAUCUUAGAAGAGCAAAGCGAAAACACAGAAGAGUCUAAGGACAAUGUUUCGGAGGCAAAAAAGCAGAAACCUGUGAACCAUGAGACCGCUACCAUUUCGCUGAGUCCAGAGCAGCUGGAUCGAAUUGCGAAGAACAAACGCGCCGCCUUGGAGAAGCUGACUGCCCACAACGCACCGGAUGGAUUCGGGGAGAGUUGGCGGAAGGCGCUGAGUUCAGAGUUUGGAAAGUCUUAUUUUAAACAGGUGAUUUCCUUUGUGUCAGAGGAGAGAAAGCAUCACACGGUCUAUCCACCUGCUCACCAGGUCUUUACAUGGACUCAGAUGUGUGCCAUCCAAGAUGUGAAGGUGGUCAUCCUUGGCCAGGACCCGUAUCAUGGGCCCAAACAGGCCCACGGACUGUGUUUCAGUGUGCAGAGGCCUGUCCCACCCCCACCGAGCUUGGUGAAUAUGUACAAAGAACUGUCUACGGAUAUAGAGGGAUUCCAGCCUCCUGGACAUGGAGAUCUGACAGGGUGGGCCAAACAAGGUGUUCUGUUACUCAAUGCAGUGCUGACAGUUCGAGCACACCAGGCUAACUCCCACAAAGAUAAGGGCUGGGAGGCUUUCACAGACUCUGUGGUGCAGUGGCUCAAUGGAAAUCUGAAAGGCCUGGUCUUCAUGCUGUGGGGGUCUUACGCUCAGAAGAAAGGCAUAUCUAUUGAUAGGAAACGCCACCAUGUCCUACAGACGGUGCAUCCAUCCCCUUUAUCUGCGCAUCGUGGUUUCUUUGGAUGCAAACACUUCUCAAAGACCAAUGAGCUGCUGAAGAAGUCAGGAAAGAAGCCAAUCGAUUGGACCGCACUCUAAGAACAUUCCAAAGAUGCCCUUCACUUUUUAUUAUUUUUGUUUGCUUGUCAUUGAAAACCUAAUUGAAUUAAUCAAGCUUUCCUGCUGUUAACACAUUAUAGCGUUUUGAUGCAAAUGUUGAAAAUGUUCUCUGUCAUUUCCUACUGGUUCAUUUAGAGGCAAAUAGAGGACAUGUUUAUGUUUAGUGUAUGCUUUUCUGACUUUUAAUAUGUAAAAGUCAUUCCUUGUAUAGGGUCUACCUCAGGUACAAAAAAAGCUCAGAUAGCACUUGCAUAAAUUAGACAUUUGGUCAUUUGGUUGAAUUAAGUUAAGCUCCAAAAUCCCUGGUUUUUAUGUUAUAAACUUUAAACUUAUAGCACAAUGGUGCAUUG